AUGAGCCGAAACUUGGUUACCUUCGUAGUGGCUUUCACUGCAGGUGCUCUUGCAGUCGAAAAUGGCCUGGCUAGGACUCCCCAGAUGGGUUGGACUGUUUCCGACAGUCUGCACAAGGAAGGCUUGCUCUUCGGCAUGUAUUCAUCAGCAGGAGAGUACACCUGCGCAAGAUAUCCCGGAUCGCUUGACUUUGAGGAACAAGACGCCGAAAGCUUUGCAUCAUGGGGCGUGGACUACCUCAAGUAUGUAAGUCAACUUGAAGAUGUGAAUAGGAUAGCAACAGCUCACAUUGUUCGUGCAGNNUGGGGCGGUUCUAUCGCGAAUUCCUGGCGCGUGUCUGGCGACAUCUAUGACUCAUUCGCUCGCCCUGAUGAGCUUUGCGGAUGUGGUGCUUCCACAGAUCCUUACUGUAUUGCGCCAGGCACUCACUGUUCGGUACUCGCAAUCCUGAACAAAGUCGCACCAUACAUUGAUCGCGGUAUGCCCGGUGCUUGGAAUGACUUGGACAUGCUCGAGGUCGGGCUUGGUGGCAUGACAGAUGAGGAGGUUUGGCUUGCUCCACCUUUUGCUGCGAGUAAUUAUGCUGACACAUUGGACAGUNACAAAGCUCACUUUUCUAUGUGGGCUGCCUUGAGAUCGCCCAUGCUCCUCGGAAACGACCUCCGCGUCAUGUCACCAAAGACACUCUCCAUCAUCAACAACCCUGCCAUCAUAGCCAUCUCUCAAGACCCGCGUGGCCGUCCUGUCCAUCGAGUCUCUCGCAACACAACCGUCACAAAAGACCAAUUCGGGAUUGGCGAGACUCAUAUCUGGAGCGGACCCCUCGCCAAUGGCGACCAGGUUGUCAUCUUCCUCAAUGCCGCCAAGGAAGCUGUAGACAUGGAGGUCUCACUGGAAGAGAUCUUUGUGUCGGAAGGCGUUGGUGGCACAGCACCGCAAGUGGCUCAACAAUGGCACAUUCACGAUCUUUGGGCCAAUCGCAUGGACGAUGACGACGCUAAAGCCAUACUGGAUGUUUCGAGCGCANAAAGAGCGUGCCGCCAUCUUUGGGAAGCUGGAUUGGUACAACUCCACCGAGACACCUUACGCCAAGGGUCUGNNGAAGCCAAUGACGCUCGUCUAUUUGGUUCCAAAAUUGGCACUGUUUCUCCCCAUGGCAAGAUUGCUACGCAUGUAGGAAGACAUGCCGCAAAGGUCUUUCGUCUGAGAAGCUCGGCUGGAAAACAAGGACGAAGUUCGUUGCUGAAGCAGGAGUUGUAG